UUCCGGGUCGUGCCUACGCACCACAGUUCCGGGUCGGAACGUUACAAGGGUCAUCCCCCGUGUCCAGUGCAACCAGAGUCCGCUACGGCAGCUCUGCGAUGUGCGCGGUGCUCCCCCAACCCAAAUGCGUCAAGUUGCGAGCUCUACACAGCUCGUGCAAGUUCGGCGUGGCGGCCCGGAGCUGCCAGGAGCUGCUGCGCAAGGGUUGUAUCCGCUUCCAGCUCCCGGUGCCCGGCUCCCGGCUGUGCCUGUACGAAGAUGGCACGGAGGUGACCGACGACUGCUUCCCGAGCCUUCCCAACGACUCUGAGCUCCUAUUGCUCACCGCUGGAGAGACCUGGCACGGCUCAGAUGUGAGUGACAUCACACGUCUCCUCACUGUGUUUAACGAGCCACAUGCCGGGGUCAUCCAGGCUGCGCGGCAACUGCUGUCAGACGAGCAGGCCCCACUGAGGCAGAAGCUGCUGGCCGACCUUCUGCAUCACGUGAGCCAGAAUAUUACUGCAGAGACCCGGGAACAGGACCCAUCCUGGUUUGAAGGUUUGGAGUCUCGAUUCAGGAAUAAGUCUGGCUACCUGAGAUACAGCUGUGAGAGCCGGAUCCGGGGUUACCUGAGAGAGGUGAGCGCUUACAUCUCAAUGGUGGAUGCAGCGGCUCGGGAAGAGUACCUGCGGGUCCUCAGCUCCAUGUGCCACAAGCUCAAGUCCGUGCAGUACAACGGCAGCUAUUUCGACAGAGGUGCAGAGGCCAGCAGCCGCCUUUGUACCCCAGAGGGCUGGUUCUCCUGCCAGGGCCCCUUUGACCUGGAGAGCUGUCUCUCCAAACACUCCAUCAACCCGUAUGGCAACAGAGAGAGCCGGAUCCUCUUCAGUACCUGGAACCUGGACCAUAUAAUAGAGAAGAAGCGCACCGUGGUGCCCACGCUGGCUGAGGCGAUCCAGGACGGGAGGGACGUGAACUGGGAGUACUUCUACAGCCUGCUCUUCACUGCCGAGAACCUGAAGCUAGUGCACAUCGCCUGUCACAAGAAGACCACACACAAGCUGCAGUGCGACCGCAGCAGGAUCUAUCGGCCUCAGACAGGAUCCAGGAGGAAGCAGCCCCCUCGGAAGCAGCCCCCUCGGAAGCAGCCCCCUCGGAAGCAGCCCCCUCGGAAGCGCCCCCCUCGGAAGCACCAGUGACACGUGCCAUGCCCUCUUUGAGGGAGCUGCAGUGGUAAUGGGGCCAUUAUGCUUCAUGCUUUGUCACUCUAGAAGGUUCAAGGAAAGUCUUUAGGAAUCUUUCCAACGGAUCUGGUUUGUGUGCCUCCUGUUUGCUUCCCCAGCCUCUGACAGCCCAGUACUCACUGUGUUCCCAUGGCAGGGUCUUCAUGCUCAUGGCCCCAGGGCUGAACUCUGCCACUGUGAUGUGAGUGGGGGCUGCUCUGUGCUGAGCUUUUAUGGCCUCUAUUUCUACUGCCAAUGGCAGCUCUGACUACAUGUCUCUGAAAGAGAUGGUGCUUCUGGGGUAAAUGUGUGCAUUUCAUAACGAACAUGCAGGGCGUUCUCUGCUGAACUCUUUAAAAUGGCAGAAGGUGGGAAGCCUUCCAGAUGUCUCCUGGCGGGAACAGCUGGCUGUGGCAUAUCUUGUG